AAAAUAUUUUAUGAUAAUUUGUGUCCGGUAAAAAAUACUAAAAUUAAGAAAGCACAUGCAUCUUUGAAUUCCUUUCGUUUAAGUUGGUUUUAACAGUAUAUUUCUCUUUCACCUAUUGCACUUAUUUGGGCAAAUAAGAUGUAUAUUUGAUAAAAUAGCGGGAAACACCAAUCAGUGACCGAAGGUCAAGGUUAUCUUGUUCCUGAAAAUAGCGUGUGAAAUUAUUUAUGGUGUAGUUGAAACAUUUGUUGAUGCCAAAUGGGCACCGGGGAGACGACCUCCUAUCACUUACGGAGGAUAGGACCCUCCGCAACAUGCAUGAGUAUCGGUAACAAUAUGAAAUUAAAAUGUGGAGUCACCAAGUUUGGACGAGCAACAAGCAAUGACUACUAUUUAGACUCUACCAAACUGAAGAACUUCAUUUCUCGAAUCCAUGCUGAAAUCCAUGCAAUUCCAAAUGAAAAUGGAGAUAUGCAGUUUAGGAUUAUUGAUAAGGGCCUUAAUGGCACCUUUAUCAAUGACACAAAGAUGAGUGGACCCUACAUUUUGAAAGAGGGAGACAAAGUCACAUUUGGACACACAAAUGGUUAUAAACUGAAAGCCGGGGAUUAUGCCAAGCAACCAAACUCAGAGUUUCAAUUUAUAUUUGAAAAACUAGUGCAAAAAGAAGAAGAACGAGGGUUUAGGACGGGUGACGAAGCAGCCAUCAAUGGAAACUCGCCAAUGAACGCCUCUAGUAGUGCUAACACCAUCACAAGCAUCAAGAAAUCACCCAGCAAGACUGACCAAAAAUUUGGUCUCUCAAAAGACUCAACAGUGGGCUAUAUGGGGUCCCCAAAUGUUAACAGGAUCUCUGCUUUUGAUCUGAAAUCAUCGCCCUCGAGCAGCGAUGAGAGUGACGAUGACGAUGAUGAUGAUUACAAUUAUAAACCUAAUGUGAGUACUGUCAACAAGAAGUCACGUUCUGUGCUAAGCAGAAUGGACUACAGUGAUGAAAGUAUGGAUUCUAGUCCCUCUCCUAAGCCAGUACGGAAAAACACUGGUUAUCAGGACAAAAAGCAGAGCCCCAGCAAAGUGAGAAAGUCCACUGACAGAUUGUCAGGGGAAAACGGAUUAAUACCCUUCAGUGAUCUAGCCAGGAUGGAUAAAAGUAAAACAAAGACAAGCCGAGUGAAUGUAAAUAUAAACAUCAAUGUGGAGUCUACUGUGAAAAACAAUGGCCGACGAAAUAGCAAUUCCAUGAGAGAGAGGGACACGCCCCCCUCAAGGACACAAGUGGAAAUCCCGAGCAAACAUAGUCGAAAGUUAAUUCAUGAUAAACAAAGGCCCAGAAGCAGCAGCAGCUCAUCUGAUUCCAAUGAUCUACCAUCUCCAGAUGAAGACAGCAGUCAAGAUAAAUAUAACAUCUUCUCUAGUGAAGAAAACACUGACAUGAAAACUCUCAGCAAGAAGAAGACAUCGGUAGAAAAGAAAGUAGCAAAACCAGCCAAAGUUCAGAGAAGCAAUAGUCGAGGAUCUGUCAAAGAAACUGCCAAGAAACGAAAGCAAGCACCCGCUAAAAGUAAACCUGGUAGAAGAGGCCGACCUCCCAAAAAGAAGAAGAAGGACUCUGAUGAUGACGACGAUGAUUUUGACGAUGAGUUUGAAGUAGAGGAGUCUCUAGAGGAAGGCGUUGAGUGGUUUGAGGAAGACAAGUGUGCCUCUGCUGAUUGUAAAAGACCCAAGGGAAAACGAGUAGGCUGGGUAUGUUGUGACGAUUGUGACGAAUGGUAUCACACAGAUUGUGUAGGUUGUCGCUACGACCAUGUCAAGGACACCAACAUCAAUUUCAGCUGCGGCUGUCGAUGAGAAAUUCUACUUCGUUUUUUCAACUAUAGUAUGGACAUCAUGAUUUGUUGUAAACAUCCAUUCUUUGAAACAUCUUUGUAGAAUCAGCAUUAUAAAGUAUAGAAUUUGUGUUAGGAUAUUUCAUUUGACUACCAGGAAGUUGUUUACUUCUCAUUUUUGUUUCACAUUGUUCUUUUUGCAAAAAAAAUGGUCAGUUAAAAUAUUGUUGGCUAAUAUAAUACAUUUAUAAGUGUCUACAAUGUUUGAAAGCUGGAAUUUUUUUUACAACAACUUCUGAUGUGGAAUAUUUUGUCUUUUACAAAUCAUUCACCAGAGCUUAGAGCAUUUGAUUGUUUUGAAUUCUUUCAAUUAUUUUGGCAUUUUUAAUGACUUGUUCCAUGCAUUUCAAAGCCAUAUUAUUUUUUUGAAGGACAGAUUUCAGUCUUGGUCUAGCUUGUAGAAGUAUAUUUGUUUCAAAGGUCAGGACACAACUGUCCGGUUGGUUACUUUUACUCAUUAAGGUUGAUUAUAUGUACAUGUAUUUAUUUAUUAAUGCAGAAAAAUGUAUGUAGUUUUACCAACAUUCUCAAGGAAUUCAUUAUCUUACACUUGCUGUAGAUGUAUUUUUGUCAGUCAUUACCGGGUAUUUAUGCUAUAAUGCAAAUUGGAUUCUAUGAAUCUCUCUCUAUAGCAUAAUGCUAAACAUAUUCCUUCUCAGUACUUAGAAAUUAUCUAAGCAUCUACUUGCACAUUUCACUUAAUCAUGUUUCUACUCAAGUUGAAAGAAAAUACAUACAUGUACUGCUUGCUUUCACAUGAGCUAAGAUCUCUCACUCAAAUGGCUGAAGUGUUUAAGCUGACCUUUGCUUUGUGUAUUUUGAUAGAAGUUUGCCCAUUAUCUAUGAAGUAUGCCCAUUAUCUGUGAAAUCAGCCCAUUACCUGUCUUUCUCACUGUCUUUUGACUUAACCUUGAUACCUUUUGUAACCAAACUAAUGCAUAAGAAUGAAUGGGACUCAUGUUGAAUGGAGAUGCCACUUCUCAUCCAAGGGGAGAUAAUCUCUAGAUCUGAAGGCCAAAAAUGAUAAACUACUAGUAUGUUAUCAUUCAAAUGUAUAUUGUAAUUUGAAUAUUUUCGAGUCCGGGUUCCUGCUGCUUUGUUUAGCCUAGGUAAUAGUCAAGUCUGGGUUCCUGUUAUUAUGUUCAGCAAAGGUAAUGAGUAAGCAGUCUGAAGACAGCAUAUUGGUUCAUGGGUCUCAUAUUCAAAUUAUAGAUUCAUCACUAGAUUUAGUGUAUUCUGUACUUGUUUUGUUUUUUGUUUGCGCGAUUUUGGAAGCUUUUUGAACUCUGACAGCAAUAGUGUAAUGUUUUUUGUGUGAUGAAGAAAUAUUUCUUUGACUGCUUUCCAGCUAGGCUUUCUGAAUUGCAGCAUUUUUGUGUAGUUGUUUUGGGGGGUGGGGGGCUGAGGGAAUUGUGUUCGGUCAAGUGUUUGAACUUUGUUAGCCAGUAACUGUACUUCUGAAGUAAAGCUAAAUUGAAGAAACUAAGUAUCAAUAGGCCAUAGUUGGGUUUUAAGUAAAAUUAGGAUAUAGCCUGGAACAGUCAAGAUAAGUCCUUUAUUUCUUAUUUUGCAAGAGAAUGUAAAAAUUGGCUUUGUUAAUAUUAGCCUGUAUUUAAGCAUUUUUUCCUAGUAGUAUUAUGUUUUACUGUAUAUAUUCAUAUGCAUGAAUGAGCUUCAAAUAUACAAUGCACAUGUAGUCCCUUUUUAAGAAGUUUAUUC